UGGUUCGGCGAUCUGGUGACGCCGGUCUGGUGGGAGGACGUCUGGCUGAAGGAAGGAUUCGCUCAUUUCUUCGAGUACGUCGGAACCGACUUCCUGUUUCCGAAGUGGAACAUGGAGAAGCAGCGUUUCCUGACCGACGUCCUGCACGAAGUGAUGCUGCUGGACGGCCUCAGCUCCUCCCAUCCCAUCUCCCAGGAGGUGGAGCAGGCGACGGACAUCGACCGGGUCUUCGACUGGAUCGCCUACAAGAAAGGGGCGGCGCUGAUCCGGAUGCUGGCUAACGUGAUGGGACAGCCGCUGUUCCAAAAAGGCCUCAACGACUACCUGCUGAGCCACAUGUACAGCAAUGCCGCCCGGAACGACCUGUGGAGCAAACUGUCUCAGGCGAUGCGUUCGGAGGGGCGGGACAUCGACAUCGGCGAGAUGAUGGACCGCUGGACCCUGCAGAUGGGCUACCCCGUCAUCACCAUCAGCAAGAACCAAUCGGAGCAGCUGCCGACGCAUUACAUCACCAUCAACCAGGAGCACUUCCUGUACGGCCAGUCGGAGGUCCGGAAGAACAACAGUUUACAGUGGCAGGUCCCGUUGACGGUCGCCGUGGGAAACACAUCCAGCAUCUGUUCGGAGAGCCUCAUCUGGAUCAACAACAAGACAGAAACCCACAGAGUCAGCGAGAUGGACGACAACGCCUGGUUGCUCGGCAACAUCAACCAAACCGGAUACUUCCGCGUCAACUACGACCUGCAGAACUGGAAGCUGCUGAUCCAGCAGCUGCACAGCAACCCUCAAAUCAUCUCGAUUGGAAACAGGGCGGGGCUUAUCGACGAUGCCUUCAACCUGGCCAGGGCCGGCUACCUCCCCCAGGGCGUCCCCUUGCAGCUGAUUGGCUACCUGCCGGAGGAGACGUCCUUCCUGCCGUGGCACGCCGCCAGCCGAGCGCUGUACCAGCUGGACAAGCUGCUGGACCGCACCGACGAGUACCGGCUGUUCAGCGACUACGUGCUGAAGCAGGUCGCGUCGCGCUACCAUCAGAUGGGCUGGCCGACCAACGGGCCCGGCGCAGAGGGCAACGUCCUGCAGGCGUCCUACCAGACCGAGGAGCUGCAGCGGGAGCUAAUCAUGCUAGCAUGUAGCUUUGGGAACAAGCAGUGCCACCGCCAGGCCGUCGCCUACAUCUCCGACUGGAUCUCCAGCAACAAGAACAGGAUUCCCCCCAACAUCCGGGACAUCGUGUACUGCACCGGCGUGAGCCUGAUGGACGAGGACGUCUGGGAGUUCAUCUGGAUGAAGUUCCACUCGUCCAACGCCGUGUCAGAGAAGAAGAUCCUGCUGGAGGCGCUGACCUGCUCCGACAACACCUUCCUGCUCAACAGGCUGCUGAACCUGUCGCUGACCUCGGAUCUGGUCCCGGAGCAGGACGUGAUCGACGUCAUCAUCCACGUCGGCAGAAACCCGCAGGGUCGGAACCUGGCCUGGAAGUACUUCAGGGAAAAGUGGGACGUCCUGAACGCUCGUUACGGCGAAGCCUUGUUCAUGAACUCGAAGCUCAUCAGCGGAGUCACCGAGUUCCUCAACACCGACAGGGAACUCAACGAGUUGAAGGAGUUCAUUCAGACCAGCGGCGUGGGGGCGGGGCCUGCGUUGCCGCGGGCGCUGGAGAUCGUCGAGGGCAACGUGCGCUGGCACCGCCUCCACCGGCGGCAGUUCUACCAGUGGCUACGCAAGCCUCCGAGCCAAACCAUCGGCUAA